AUGGCUCGAAUAGAUUAUAUUCCCGAAACUUUCGCGUCGGCGAUUAGUCUCAAAGGAGCGCCCGACAGAGCACCGCUCGCAGUGGGUGCUGCCCUGCCCGGUCGGACGCCAUCGACAACACUUCCGUGUUCGCCAUCCCGCAAGAAAAUAGACAAAAUGGCUCGUUUCCAGGAGUACUCCAUUGUCGGGCGUGGCUUGCCUACCGAGCAGGAGCCGGAGCCCAAGCUCUACCGCAUGCGCAUCUUUGCGCCCAACGAUGUUGUCGCCAAGUCGCGCUUCUGGUACUACCUUCGUCACCUUAAGAAGAUGAAGAAGAGCCACGGCGAGAUCGUCGCGCUCAACAUUAUCUCGGAGAAGAAGCCCCUCAAGGUGAAGAACUUCGCCAUCUGGCUCCGUUACAACUCGCGUUCCGGCACCCACAACAUGGUCAAGGAGUACCGUGCUCUUUCGCGCGCCGAGGCCGUCGAGUCCAUGUACCAGGACAUGGCCGCCCGCCACCGCUCCCGCUUCCGUGACGUCCAGAUCCUCCGUGUCGCCGAGAUCGAGAAGACUGAGGACAUCCGCCGCCCCUACAUGAAGCAGCUCCUCCAGAAGGACCUCAAGUUCCCUCUCCCCCACCGCCUCACCAAGUCGAAGGCGUGGUACGCCGCCGGCCGCCCCUCGACCUGGGCGUAA